AUGGUACCCCAAACUCUCAAGGAAAAAAGUAAAUGGCAUAAAAAAUCAACAAUCUAUCUAUCUAUCUAUCUAUCUAUCUAUCUAUCUAUCGAUCUAUCUAUCGAUCUAUCUAUCUAUCUAUCUAUCUAUCUAAGUCUGAUCCUACCUUUUUCAGUCUGUUCCUAUCUAUCUAUCUAUCUAUCUAUCUAUCUAUCUAUCUAUCUAUCUCAGUAUGAUCCUACCUAUUUCAGUCUGUUCCUAUCUAUCUAUCUAUCUAUCUAUCUAUCUAUCUAUCUAUCUAUCUCAUCUGAUCCUACCUUUUUCAGUCUGUUCCUAUCUAUCUAUCUAUCUAUCUAUCUAUCUAUCUAUCUAUCUAUCUAUCUAUCUCAGUAUGAUCCUACCUAUUUCAGUCUGUUCCUAUCUAUCUAUCUAUCUAUCUAUCUAUCUCAGUCUGAUCCUACCUAUUUCAGUCUGUUCUAUCUAUCUAUCUAUCUAUCUAUCUAUCUAUCUAUCUAUCUAUCUAUCUAUCUCAGUCUGAUCCUACCUAUCUAUCUAUCUAUCUAUCUAUCUAUCUAUCUAUCUAUCUAUCUAUCUAUCUGUCCUAUCAUCCUCUUGCAUUCGUUACCUUCAAGUCUUGCCUUUCUCUUUCACUUUCUUUUUUGUCUUCCUAUUUUAACCCACUCUCUCACUAUCAGUAUUAUGAUAGUUUAUCUUUCUUUACAAAUCGUUCUUCUUUCUUUCAUUCUUUCUUUCUUUUUCUUUUCUUUUCUGUUGUGGGAAAUAUUUUCCUCUUCGUCUCUAGUUGCUUCUCUCUCAUAUAUAUUCUCUCUUUCUUUCUUUUCUAUUGUUGAUAAUACUUGUCCUCUUCAGUUCUAG